CCCCCGCGCGCCCUCCGGCUCGCUCGGCUGCGGCGGCUGCGGCGCCUGAGGGAGUCGCGGAGCGGUCCGGUGGCGAAGGAGCUGGCGGCCGGACAAGAGUGAGGGCAGCAAGAACCACUGGGCAACAAUGUCAGCGGAAGUGGAGACCUCCGAGGGGGUAGAUGAGCCGGAGGAAAAGAACUUCGGGGAAAAUCACAUCAGAAUGGCUGAUCUCUCUGAGCUCCUGAAGGAAGGGACCAAGGAAGCACAUGACCGGGCAGAAAAUACCCAGUUUGUCAAGGACUUCUUGAAAGGCAACAUUAAGAAGGAGAUAUUUAAGCUGGCCACCACCGCACUUUACUUCACGUAUUCGGCCUUGGAGGAAGAAAUGGACCGCAAUAAGGACCACCCAGCCUUUGCCCCCUUGUACUUCCCCAUGGAGCUGCACCGGAAGGAGGCACUGACCAAGGACAUGGAGUACUUCUUUGGUGAGAACUGGGAGGAGCAGGUGCAGUGCUCUGAGGCUGCCCAGAAGUACGUCGAGCGGAUCCACUACAUAGGGCAGCAUGAGCCAGAGCUGCUGGUGGCCCACGCAUACACCCGCUACAUGGGGGACCUCUCAGGGGGCCAAGUGCUGAAGAAGGUGGCCCAGCGGGCACUGAAGCUCCCCAGCACAGGAGAAGGGACCCAGUUCUACCUGUUUGAGAACGUGAACAAUGCCCAGCAGUUCAAGCAGUUCUACCGGGCCAGGAUGAAUGCUCUGGACCUGAACCUGAAGACCAAAGAGAGGAUCGUGGAGGAGGCCAACAAGGCGUUUGAAUAUAAUAUGCAGAUAUUCAGUGAACUGGACCAGGCUGGCUCUGCACCGGCCAGUGAGACUGUGGAGGACAGGAUCCCCGUGCACGAUGGGAAAGGAGAUGUGCGCAAAUGUCCCUACUAUGCUGCUGGACAAGUCAACGGUGCCCUGGAGGGCAGCAGCUGCCCUCUCCGAGCAGCCAUGGCUAUGCUGAGGAAGCCCAGCCUCCAGUUCAUCCUGGCCGCCGGUGUGGCCUUGGCUGCAGGACUCUUGGCUUGGUACUACAUGUGAAGGACCUGUCACGCCACACUGGGGCCCUCCUUCCAAGUGACCACUGGCCCAUCUCCACCUCUGACUAAACUAACACCUCAGGUGACUUUUUUAAAUGCUGGGAUUAAGAAAAUAAGCAACCAAUAAAAGCCAGUCGCUCGA